AUGACCAAAGGAGGCAAGCUUACAAAAAUCAAGUCAGUCUUGAAAAAAAUGCAAUCUUUCAAACUUAGCCGUGUCAACAGCAACAACACCACCAUGGAAAUGGUAACCACAAAUCAUUCAUCCUAUGACAUUGAUUCAUAUAAUUCUUAUGACAACAAAGAACUACACCCUGUCUACGUUGGUAAAUCGCGUCGCCAAUACCUCGUUGGCUCCGAUGUUGUUGAUCAUCCUCUCUUUAGGGAACUUGUUGAAAGGACAGGUGAUUCAGAUGAUUAUAUUACUGUUGGUUGUGAAGUUGUUCUCUUUGAACAUUUGCUAUGGAUGCUUCAAAAUGUUGAUCCUCAACCUGAGUCGUUGAACGAGCUGGUCGAGUUUUAUUCUUGCUGA